UGUUAUUUUGAAAAGUGGCAGUACUUUCGCUGAGAGAGAGGGAGAGAGAGAGAGAAGAAAAAUUUAACAGCGUAUUUUAUUUAUUUUUAUGUUCAGUUUCUCUCAUAUUUAAUGUGUUGCCCUGAGUGAGAUGGCAGAGUGCACAACGUUAGAAAGCCUGUUGGAAAUGGGCUUCGACAGGAACAGAGCGGAGAAGGCCGUGGCACAUACCGGCAAUCAGGGCAUAGAGAGAGCCAUGGACUGGCUGAUGGAACACGAGAACGACCCCGACAUCGACGAGCCCUACGUGCCUCCGGAAGGGAAUGUCCUGGGAUCGGGCGACAGCCAGCAGAUCCAGGCAGAGCCCCCCACAGACCCCACGGCAGAUGUACCUGGAGAUGGGUCACAAAUGACAGAAGGAGGAGAGCUGAAGAGACCAUUGACAGAGGAGGAGAAGCAGGAGCAGAUUAAAAGGUUAGAAGAGCUGAUGAGAGUGAAGCAGGAGGAGCGACGGGAGCGAGAGCGGCAAGAGGAGGUGGAGCGGGAGAAACAAAGACGGAAACAGGGCCAGGAGCUGCAGCAGAUCAAGCAAAAGCUGCAGGAGGAAGAGAUGAAGAAGCUGGCAGAGCAACGCAGGAGGGAGAAGAUGGAGGACAGGAUAGCCAAACAAAAGGUUCGAGAGAAGAUAGCUCGUGACAGAGAGGAGAGAGCGCAGAAGUUUGGAGGGGGCUCUUCAGGGACUCCAUGUUCAGCAGCUGUCUCCGAGGCCAAUCCUUCCUCGUCUUGCAACCAGGGUCCGCCACCAGCCAAGAAGGAUUAUGAUGAGUGUCGAAUACAGGUGCGGCUGCUGGACGGCUCAACCUUGACAACCGUCUUCAAGGCCCAGGAGCCUCUGGCUGCUGUGCGCGUCUAUGUGCAGAUGAAUGGCGCAGAAGGCCAGGAUUUCACAUUGCUGUCCCCUUACCCGCGCCGUGUCUACACUGACCUGGACAUGGAGAAGCCCCUCCGGGAGUUGGGUUUGGUGCCAUCUGCUGUCUUGGUCGUUGCCAAAAAAUAAGAUUGACUGGCUGUUUCAGACCCACUGCUGCUAAGGGCCAUGGAGAUAUAAAGACCACCACCACCCAGUUGACUAAAGGAGUUUGGAUUGCUUAAAACACACCAACACACAGAGAAAACAAUAAAACUGUUCAUAUUAACACAAUUUCUUUCAUGAACUUAUUUCAUUUUAUGAAUAAUAUUACUUCAGUCACAAGAGGUGUAAUGACUGUUUAUAACCAAUUAGCUCGUAGCAGUUGUUAAAUUAGACCGUUGCUGUUUAAUGUGACUUGGUGCCUAAUUGUGUCCCAAACAGUCUUCCGUUCUUUUACCGCAACAUGGAAACAUUCAUUGAAUAGGAGGAAAAUAUUAGUGAACAGAUGUGAUAUAAGGUGAUUUAAAAAAGAAAAAACCUGUCCCUUUUAUACAUUUUAUGAAAUAUUGAUGUGUUUUUUACUGUGCUUUAUAUGUAUAUCCUACUUUAAUUUGUUUCACAUUGCUAAAAUAAACUUCUUAGUUUACAUAAUAAGAGUAAGAUCAGUGCACACAGUUAAUCUUAGGAAAGGCAGAAGGGCUGAAAGUGUCUUGAGGAUGGUGUCCCUCAAGAAUUGCAUCCUCUCACAGCUAGUUACAGUCUACAGGAGAGGAUAGUUUUAAUGCUUCUUUUUUGAUUUUUUUGAAGACAAUCCUAGGUUUGAAUACUGAAUUUGCCAAUUAACUUUCUCUAGGUGCCUCACAACACCCUGUUACCCCCUCAGCAUCUUGGUGACAGAAGCUGUAAAAGAGUGAGAAACGUUAAAUGUAUUUCUAUUACGUGCAGAACUUUAUGCAUUUGGGCUUCAACUUAGAAACACGAUUGUGGCCGAAACAGGUAACUUAAAUUGUGAGUCCAACUGUUACAUCACAAUAAUUCCUUAAAACAGACUUCCCUCAAUUUAUUCAUGACUUAGGUUUUGGGGAACAAACCGAUAAAGCUACAUUAACUUACAAGUUCACUGUAAGACAUUUUUAUUUUCAUUUUGUCACCAGCUCUUUUAGUGAGCGCCUUCCAGUUCCUCUAUCCUUUACACACAUUAGGCUGGAGGCAGGGAAUACUGUGGACAGGACUUUGAUUAUCUUUUCUUAAGGUGAAGCAGCAUUGAAGUUUACUUUAAGAUGACUGAAAAUAAAAACACGUUCUACACAUUGUCCUCUACAGUGUGAUGUGUUCUGCUUCAUACGUGCAAGACGGUGUUGUGUUCUUCCUGUACAUCAGGUGCCAAGAAUGUAAUGCAGGAUGGCAUGUAAUUGUAUACAUUCCCAACAGAAUUACAUUUUGUAGGAAAAUUGUCUGCACAGGUGAUCUAACAAAUGUUCAUUAAAUACA